ACAACUUCCGGCAGCUCGGAUAUGAUGUAGCAACUGUUGAGGCGUAACUGAAGUUACAACCGUCCAGCACGGCGUCAAUCACACUUUACAGAUAUUAAACUUGUGACAGUUUGACUUGCUUGAUAAAAUGGCGUAUCCAGGAUACGGCGGGCCUCAGUAUGGGGGUCCUAUGCCAGGAAUGCCAGGUCAGGGGAUGCCGCCCAUGGGAGGUCCAAUGGGAGGCCCAAUGGGAGGCCCAAUGGGAGGCCCAAUGGGAGGCCCGAUGGGAGGUCCAAUGCCUGGGCAAAUGGGUGGGCCGAUGGGAGGCGCACCACCCCAGGGAGGAUAUGCCCCCUAUGGAGGAGGCUAUCCAGGCACAUUCGGCGCCGCACCCCCAGCUGCCAAUGAUCCAAUGUGGGGUUACUUCACAGCCAUAGCAGGCCAGGACGGUGAGGUCGAUGCGGAGGAGCUUCAGAGGUGUCUGACCCAGUCUGGUUUCUCUGGCAGCUACACACCAUUCAGCCUGGAGACGUGCAGGGUCAUGAUUGCAAUGCUGGAUAGGGACUUUACAGGUAAGAUGGGCUUCAAUGAGUUCAAGGAGCUGUUCACAGCUCUGAAUGGCUGGAAGCAGAACUUCAUGAUGUUCGACCAGGACAGGAGUGGGACCGUCGAACCUCACGAGAUGAGUCAGGCUGUCAACUCUAUGGGCUACCGCAUCAGUCCUCAGGCUCUGACCACAAUCAUCAAGCGCUACAACAAAGGAGGGAGAAUCUUCUUUGAUGACUACGUGGCCUGCUGUGUCAAACUGCGAGCUCUCACAGACAACUUCAGACGGAGAGAUACCAUGCAUCAGGGAUCGGUCAACUUCCAGUAUGAUGAUUUCAUCCUGUGCACAAUGGCCAUCUGAGCUCUGCUGUCUGUCCCACACCACGAGGUCAGUGCGCCUAUGGAACCAAUCAGUGGUGGAUUGUGGAUCACUGCCUCACAGGAACGCAAAGGGAGGCCAGUAUAUUAGACUGAGCGGCCGUGAGCCACAACAGGGAAGUACCCAUGGCUUUUAACGCUUGCUGUAAUGCUUUAGUCUUGUAUGUCACAAAGGGAUGUGCUGAAGAUCUAUUGGUUGUACACACACACACAUAUAUAUAUAUACACAGUAUAUUAGAGGGGAAUAUAUUACAUCUCAGUGUCUUUAAAGCCCUCGUGUAGAUUUCUGACCUCCAAAAUAAAAGCUGCAGACACUGCAGCACAGUAGUGCCAGAUAACACAUCAGAAAUAUACACAGAGGCUUUAAAGAAUUGAAAAUACAGAGUCUCAGUGGAACAAUAUAGAAUUACUCAAUCAGAUAACUUAAACUAGUUUGCAUAUUAUGCUUUGGCUUUCUCAUUUGGGAAUGAAAGUCCUAAAUGAGUGAACUGAUACUAUGAGGAUGUCCUUACCUGUGAGACACCUACUGUGCCAUUAUAACCUGUGAAUGUAUGGACUAAUAUAUUAAACACAUUUAUAUGUAACUUAGUAACAGCAGCAUCAUGAUUAAUGAUUUAAUGUUAGCAGCAUUUACACUGAACUUAAUACAGUUAGGUUUUUUUUUCUCAUUAUUUAUGGUAAUAUUUUUAUAGGUGCAUAUUAGCUUGGUGUUUGAAGGGAUAUUUUGCCCCAAAAUACACAUUUUUCCUCUCAUGUGUAGUGCUGUUUAUCAGUGUAGAUUUUGUGUGAGUUGCAGAGUGUUGGAGAUAACGGCCACGGAGAUGUCUGCCUUCUCUUCAAUAUAAUGGAACUAGAUGGGACUCAGUCAAAUCAACGCAACUCUACUUAAAGCACCACAAGCUGUUUUCUUUCUACUGAACUAGCUAGCUUAACUUAAUCUCAGCCACAAGUAGAUGCACGCUCCCCUCUGUAUGGUGAUACAGUUGGUGGGUUUAGUUCAGUACAAAGAAAAUAGCUCCUACAUGAAACUGCUCACAAGGUCUGUGGAUUAUCUUGAGUAACCAGGUCCUGAAUUCUGUAAAGAGACAUUAGUGAUGAGUUUUUCAAAGCACCACAAGCUGAGUGUCAUCCAUUAUAUUGGAGAGAAGGCAGACAUGUGUACAGCUGAUAUCUCCAACACUCUGCAACUCUCACUAAAACAAUCUAGACUGUUAAACAGCACUACAGGUAAGAGGAGAAAUAUCUAUUGAGGGGUGAACUGUUCCUUUAGCUUGAUAACAAGCCAGAGUGACUGUGAGCUGAUAUAAAUCCACACUGAUACCUGUUAUUAAUGAUAGUGAGAUAUAAAAAUAUUGUCCUAUAGCUACAGUAUGUUCAUAUGCCUGAAGUUUUGCAGUUGUAAACUUGUUUGUUUUGGAUGUUUUCGUACAAACACAGCCAUGUUUUGUAAACAAUGCAGUGAAAUCAACCUCGGCACACACCCACUGUUGUAGUAAAGACCACAUUUUGUUACUCACAUUAAACACUUUCUAAUCAUUA